AUGGAAAUGGAUUCCAACACUUCAAGUCCCUCCGCCAACGCCCAACAAGAACAAGAAACCACAGUCUCUACAAAUGGAGAAAUCACCGAUCAAAACCCCAGCGACGACGACGACCAUCUUCCACUAAUAAAGAGAAAGAGAACCAGAAUGAAACAACUCGCAAGGCGACACAAACGCGAUAGAGAAAAAAUACUAAAGCGCCCACUCAAACACCCAGUCAACGAUCCAAUUCCCAAAUCCGACGAAGAACCACAAGGCAAGGACUUGGUAUUCGACACAGAAACCGAAAGCGAGGGCGAUGCAGAUCAAAAUCAAGAAACCCUAACAUUUAUGGCUUUAGCAGAAAUCGUGGAAUCAGAAAGAGAAUUCCUCGAAAACAUACCUGAAGAAUACAAGAAACUGAUGAUUUUCAUGGGAGGAUCGUGGGAUGUUUGCCCUAGUUUGGUGAUGGAGAAGCGACUGAAGAAAGGGGAUGUGGAGGAACGAAGAAAUCGGCUGUUGAUUCCACAAAGGAAGACGAGAACGACAUUUCUGGAAGUUGAAGAAGAGGAGAAGUUGAACACAGAUGUUUGGUGGAUGGUGGAGAUUAUUGAGCCGGAUUGUACGGUGAGUUUGAUUACGCUGAGUAAAUGGGAAACGCGGAAGGGAGUGGCGUAUGUUUUGAUAACGGAGUGGAAUGGAUUGGUGGAGAGGAAUGACUUGAAGGAAGGUGAUUUGAUGCAGCUAUGGAGUUUUCGUGCCGGCGGCGGCCGUGGACGGCUCUGUUUUAUGCUUCUGGAGGUGGAAGAAAACCGAGAAAGACGGUAGUGAAAUUGCUUCCGCUCAAUCUUAGGAGAUUUUUUUUUUGCCCUUCUGGAGGGGUAUUUUGGUAAUUUUGUUUUGUUUUGUCUUGUUUUUUUUUUUUUUAAAAGACUAUUGGUGUUUGUUUUCAAUGAAACUAUUUGUACAUAAUAAAUACAUUUGAUACUUUUGUUCUAA